AAAACAAAACAACAAAUGCAACCAUUUAUUGUUAUACGGAACUAUCGAGAAGAUGACGAACUUAAAUGCCAGGAGCUGGUGCGAGAUUACAUCAUGUCAUUCUCCUUAAAGUCUUUCUUCACGCUCUGCUUUCGUGAGAUUACACUGCAAUUUAUUGUCAUCACUUGGGCCGUAUUUUUCAUAUUUUUGGGUGUGCCGCUACUCUUCUGUGUGCUAACCAUACCCGGCUGUGUGUUUUUUCUCUUCACCAGCACCUACUUUUCCUUUUAUGCCAAGGCAGUAGAGCUAAUGAGGGUGAAGCCCUCACAAUCGUUGGUGGCUGAGUGUUACGAGCCAUUCAUUUUCCGUUGUGCACCAAACGAGGCUAGCUAUCAGAUUUUUAUGGAUAGGCCACCAUAUGAUGAAAACUAUUUGAACAAGUUUCGUCGCCGAAUUGUAGCCACCGUAAGCGUUAAGAAUCAUCAUGCUGUCUACAAUGCCGCCUGGAUAUACCGUUUUGCGAUUGCCAAACAGUAUCCGCAUCAAAAAAUCAUGGAGCCCAUGAUAAAUCUGGUCUCGAAGAACUGCAUCAACGGCGGUUACGCUUCGCUGGAAUGCACCAUAUCCGAAUGGCAAGAAAGCGAACGUGACUUCUACGACGAUCUUGGUUUUGUGACAAGACAAAUCUAUCACAAGCAAAUCAUUGGCAGCACGCUAACAGUGAUGAAGACCCAGUUAACAUAUAAUUUAAAGAUAGACGGUGCUCUGCAAAAGCAGAAUUAGUGGGAUAUACGAGGAAUAUUCUCUGUAUAAAAAAUAAUAUAAAAUCUCUCGGGAAAACAAAACUGUGACAUUUAGCACAAUUAUUUAUGUUUAUUUUUGUA